AUGCCGUUGAACAUAACUUCCAUUAAGACAUCAUCGAAUGGUGCUUGGGAAGGAGACAAUCCAUUGGAAUAUGCCUUUCCAUUGUUAAUAGUUCAAAUCACCUUGAUCCUCAUCGUGACUCGCUUACUCGCUUUCCUCUUCAAACCUUUGCGACAACCUAAAGUCAUAGCUGAGAUUAUCGGUGGAGUUCUGUUAGGUCCUUCAGCUUUAGGAAGGAACGAAACCUACAUGCACCAUAUAUUCCCAUCAUGGAGCAUGCCAAUACUCGAAACCGUGGCAAGCAUAGGCCUUCUUUACUUCUUGUUCCUCGUGGGUCUUGAACUCGAUUUGAACUCUAUUCGCCAGAGUGGCAAAAGAGCCUUAACCAUAGCAUUCGCCGGAAUUUCCCUUCCCUUCGCCUUCGGCAUCGGCGUCGCCGUCGUCCUCCGCAAAACCGUCCACGGCGCCAACGAGGUCGGUUUUGCGCAGUUCCUCAUCUUCAUGGGCGUUGCGCUUUCCAUAACAGCGUUUGCUGUGCUCGCCCGCAUCCUAUCCGAGCUCGAUCUCCUCAACACUGAAGUCGGGGGAACCGCCGUGGCCGCCGCCGCGUUCAACGACGUCGCCGCGUGGAUCCUUCUAGCCCUAGCGAUCGCACUCGCCGGCAACGGGAACCGCCACAAGAGCCCCCUGGUGUCCGUCUGGGUUAUGCUCUCCGGCGUCGCGUUUGUGAUCUUCAUGGCUGUUGUGAUCAGACCGGCGAUGAAAUUCGUCGGAAAAAAAUGCUCGCCGGAUAACGGCGCCGCCGAUGAAGGUUAUAUCUGUUUAACCAUAGCCGGUGUGAUGGUGUUCGGGUUCGUGACGGAUCUGAUCGGGAUCCAUUCGGUAUUCGGGGCGUUUGCGUUCGGGUUAACGAUUCCGAAGGGUCCUUUCGCGGAUUUGUUGAUAGAGAGAAUCGAGAGCUUUGUGUUGGGUUUGUUGCUACCACUUUACUUCGCUUCUAGUGGGUUGAAAACGAACGUGGCUAAGAUCAGUGGCGCGAAGGGGUGGGGGCUUCUGGUUUUGGUGAUAUCAACCGCGUGCGGAGGGAAGAUUCUUGGAACCUUUGUUGUGGCGUUGAUGUGCAUGAUUCCGGUGAGGGAAUCGUUGACGGUCGCCGUGCUGAUGAACACUAAGGGACUUGUGGAACUCAUCGUGCUUAACAUUGGCAAAGAGAAAAAGGUUCUGAACGACGAAAUGUUUACCAUUUUGGUGCUUAUGGCUUUGUUUACCACCUUUAUCACAACCCCGUUGGUGAUGUCCAUCUAUAAACCCACUCAUGGCAAAUCGUUUCAGACUAAUGGCGAACUAGGUGGCGUCAACUCUAAUGCCAAAGUGUGACAACAUGUGCAGUUGGCGUCCUUCAAGAUUGAAUAGAAUAAACACCAAUAUUAUUUAAAAUUAGGAAUUUUUUUCUAAUUUAAAUAUUUAUAUUAGAUUCGAGAGUGUUAUUAUAUACAGGGGAUGGCUAAAUUGUACUC